GGCGGUGGGACGGGUGUGCCGCCCUCCCCUGCUUCCUUUGGCGGGGAGAGCCCAAACCCCCGGGGCUUGGGGUAUCCCUGGGCCUCUGGAGUAAUUCCGGUCCCCGGGGCACGCUCUGUCCCCCCGGGACCGCUCCGCUCCCUCCCGCUGCUGAAAUCCGCCUUGUUUCGCCUUCCCCGCCCUCUCCCAGCUGGGGGCUGUGGUUUGGGGGGCUCCGGGAGGGAAGGAAUUUCCCAGCUCGGCUCCUUCCCUCGGUGCUGCCCUUUGGGUGUCCCAAAGUCCGCGCUCCUGCGAGGAGCGGCGCCAGCACCGGGAACGGAUGCUGGGGGAAAACAGGGAACGGCUGAAGGGCAGAGCUGAUAACCCUGUAGAGACCACCUCAAUUAAUCAAUAAUUACUUAAUUAAUAGUGAGAACUCCUGCCCUGAGGGUGAAGCCAGGAGCUCGGCUGGGUUUAGCAGGAAGAGCCGGGGCUCGUGUCCGGGAUGUGGCAGCUCCGUGUCCGGGAGGGAACCAUGGCAGAGGAGAUCCUGGUGACGGGCGGCGCCGGCUACAUCGGCAGCCACUGCGUGCUGGAGCUGCUGCAGGCGGGAUUCGUCCCCGUGGUCAUCGAUAACUUCCACAACGCCAUCCGAGGCUCCGAGGAGCUCCCCGAGAGCCUCCGGCGGGUGCAGGAGAUCGCGCAGCGGCCCGUGCUCUUCCAGGAGCUCGACAUCACGGACGAGGCCGCGCUCCAGGAGCUCUUCAGGAAGCAUCGCUUCUCGGCCGUGAUGCACUUUGCGGGGCUGAAGGCCGUGGGGGAGUCAGUGCAGAAGCCUCUGGAAUAUUACAGAGUGAACCUCACCGGGACCAUCCGGCUGCUGGAGACCAUGAAGGCCCACGGGGUGAGGAACAUCGUGUUCAGCAGCUCCGCCACCGUCUACGGGGACCCCCAGUACCUCCCCCUGGACGAGAACCACCCGGUGGGGGGCUGCACCAACCCCUACGGCAAAUCCAAGUUCUUCAUCGAGGAGAUGAUCCGGGAUCUCUGCAAAGCAGAGAGGGACUGGAACGCCGUCCUCCUGCGCUACUUCAACCCCAUCGGCGCCCACGAGUCGGGGAUGAUCGGAGAGGAUCCUCAGGGGAUCCCCAACAACCUCAUGCCCUACGUGGCUCAGGUGGCAGUGGGACGCCGGGAAUUCCUGAGCGUCUUUGGGAACGACUACAAGACGGACGAUGGAACGGGAGUCAGGGAUUACAUCCACGUCGUGGAUCUGGCCAAGGGCCACAUCGCUGCUCUCAAGAAGCUCAAGGAGAACUGUGGCUGCAAGAUCUACAACCUGGGCACGGGCACCGGCUACUCCGUGCUGCAGAUGGUCCGGGCCAUGGAGAAAGCCUCGGGGAGGGAGAUCAAGUACCAGAUCACGGCCCGGCGGGAGGGAGACGUGGCCUCCUGCUACGCUGACCCCGCGCUGGCCGAGCGGGAGCUGGGCUGGAAAGCCGCCUUUGGCCUGGACAAGAUGUGUGAGGACCUGUGGCGGUGGCAGCUGCAGAACCCCACGGGCUUCAGCAAGAACUGAGCUGUGGCUGAGGGCUGGCCGGGCCCUGGGCUGCUCUGAUCCAGCACUGCCUCCUUCCCCGAGGGCUGUCACCAUCCUGGGAGAGCAGUUCCAGCUCCCCCUCCUGCCUCUGGCACGGGGCAGGAAGGCUGGAGCAUCCUCAGCCUCCCUCAUCCUCAUCCCCCAGGUCUUUGCAUCUCACAGAGCAGAACCACAACAAACAGAGAACACAGCCAGGCCCGGUUUGGCACCCCAGGCAUGGGAAUGGCCAGGGGCUGCAGCCAGGGACACCUGAGUCCUGCUGAGCCCAAACUGCAGCACAGCCCCUGUUCCCUCCUGCUCGUGGGCUCAGGGGGAGCCCGAGGCACCUCUGCCCCUGCCCCGGCACAGAGAGGGACCAGGAGCCUCCCACAGGGACCAGUCACAUUCCAAGGCCACCACAGCUCAUCUCCCCAGCCCAGGGCUUCUUCCACCCCCCAUCCCAGCAUGGUUUUGGGGACCAAAUCUCAUCUCCCUCGUCUCCUGCUGAGCCAGAGAAGCCCCAGCUCAGCCUGGCCUGGCUGCCCACAGCCCCCCCUCGGUGCCUGGGGCAGGCACUCCCCAAACCCCAGGAGCUGGCUCUGCCCCCCUGUCCCACACUGCUCCUGUUUAUUCCUGGCAGCUCCCAGGGCUGUGCUGGGCAGGGAUGACGCAGUUGGCCCCGUCUGCUGUCGGCUGGAUGAAUAACUUAUGCUCCUAAAUUAUGAAUUGAGCUUUUGAUUUGUUUUUAAAAUAAACUUUCCUACUUUCUAAGUGG